AUGAAUAUAAAAGUCGACUAUUUUUCCAAUUUUUUGAGUCCGACUUCGUUUUAUAAUGUUGUAAGCAGUUAUAUCCCUAAACAGCUUCUGAAAGAUUUCGAUAAGAAAAAAAUUGUCGGUAAAAUCGGGUACAUUUUAAACGAUGGAGCAGAUGAGGUUCAGGAGAUACUCGAUAACUCGAAUAAUCAACUCAGAAUGUACGGAUCAGCUGCGGAGCUUGCGUUGUACCUCAAAAUUUAUCGAAACUUUCCGAUGAGUUAUAAGUUUUUCGGAACUCAUUCAUUCGAGCCAUAUCGAACGCGUUGUGAAGUAUGGAAAAGUAUAAAAAACGAAGAGUUCAUCAGUAAACACGAUCUUCGAGUAUGGAUGGAAUCAGAAGUUUGUUUCGUAUGGAAAGACACUGACAUGAAAGUAGCAUACGGAUUCACCUCGAUCUUCUUCAAAACAUGCGAUGCUCAACUUGAUGGUUGCUAUGAAUUUGUGAAAUACAAUCCGGAAUUUUACAGUCAAUUUUGUCAAAAACUCGAUCAGACAAUGAAAGACAUUUCAAUAACUAUAAAAUCCGAACGUUCUAAACUUGAAAAGUACUAUUUACCGUCUUCGAAAUCUGAUAAUUCUGAAAUUAUAUCAAUUUGGGAAUCUUUGAUUCCGAAUUGUAAUAAGAAACAGAAAGAAGAUCUUCAUGUGACUGUUUCUCUUCUUUAUAAGAUGUUUCCAAUCAGAACUCAUCCCUCACUUCAUGCUGAGCUAACCUAUACUUGCUCGACUUUGUUUGAAAUGAUCAGAGAAUUUAUGACAGCACGACCCGAAAUGUUUCUUCCUUACACUCCAACUAACAUCAAAAACGCUCCAGUUGUAAUUCGAGUUUUCCAAGCUGAAUCGCAUGAAUUUGUUAUGAAAUGUGAAUUAUUUGAAGCAAUUCGAAGCAAAAAUCCACCUGGUGAAAAUAUUGAUUUUGUCGAUGAAAAUGGAAGAUACGCUGUAAUGGAACUCGCUGAUGUAUACAAAGAGUAUGGCGAUCAGAUUAGUAAUAUUAAUUUGAUUCCCACUCCGGUUCGAAGAGCAGAAUUCAAAGCUGUUCCAAUUAUCACAUCGAAAGGAGAUUACUGUAUUCUGGCAAUUGAUGCAUUCUCAGAAAUAUUCAAUCAGUUGUUUUUUGUCGAAAAAGUUUUCCAAAAGAUUAAGAACGAUGAUUGGAAUUAUCUUUGUGAUUAUAUGAGAAAAGUUGAAAAGUUUUUCAAAUCUGACGAAAGAUUCUUUGUCACUAUCGAGUCGCUUAACAAGUUGAAAGAAGAAACCACCGAGUUCUGGAAGAAGUAUGAAAAAGUUCCCGUGAAAUAUGUUCGGAAUGCUAAAAAGGAUGGAUUCACAAUGGAGAAUCUGAAGAACGAAUUGAAAAAUUUGGGUUUGAAUAGAAUUUUUCCCGAAAUUGAGCUGCAUGCAGAUAGAGUUUACUUGUCGACGAUAAUCAAUAAGAAAGAUACAUUUCUAAGGACUUGUGAUUUGUUUUUUGCGAUUUCACGUUGUCUGUUGAUAUGCGUUCAUGGACAUUUUGAUAGUACAAGAGCUCUAUUUGUAGCUCAAAAAAUUAUGGAUAAAGAGCGAAUGAGUCAAUUAGACUACAGAAAUUGUCCAGAGUUACGUGAUAAACUGAAAGACGUUAACAAUAUAAACCCGAAAAAAGUGGGGAAGGAAGAGGGUGUUAAUGAGAAAUCAUCUUGUGAAGAUUGCGUUCACAAGAAUAAAUUAUAUGAUCAAGUGAAAAAGGAACUGAAAUCUACACAGCAUACACUCAGAACUGCAGUGAAAAAAGCAAAGAAAACGGAUGAGUUGGAGAAGAAAUUAGCGAGUUGUCAACGGAAAAUUGAGGGAUUUGAGAAUAAAUUGGAAAAGGAAAGAGAUGAGAAAAAGACGGUUCAAGAGAGUUUAGAGAAGCAGAUAGAGGAGAUAAAUGAAGAGAUGAGACUUAUGAAAGAACAAGUGUCGAUGUCAUCUGCCCAACUUGAAGCGAAGAAAUUGGAAGUUUCGCAGAAAAAUGAGGAAAUUAAUAAAGCUAAUAAAAUACUCACCGAUACUCGCAAGAAGCUGACAUCGAAAACUUCAAAAUUGGGGGAUGAGGUCAAAAGAAAAGAGAAUCAGCUGGAAUCGGUGAGAAGAGAAGUAUCAAAUCUUCAGAAAACAAUUGAUGAAAAAAACGAAAAAGAGAAGAGUGAAAUUUCAGAGAAAGAUGAGAUUAUCAAAAGACUUGAAGAAACUAACAGACGAUUGACAAUUCGUGUCGAGGAGCAAGAUAGAAUAGUGAAGAGUCUUCUGGAAAAAAUUUCAGAUUCUAAACCAUCGGAAUCUGGAAUUCCAGACGACAAAAGACACGGUGGACCUAGAUAUCAACUUUCGGAAUUAUGGAAAAUUAAAGAUCAAUAUAAUAGUGGAGAACCAUUGAAACAUGCUAACAAUAUGAUUCAAAAAUUAAUUUCGCUAUCGAAUCGCCCUGAUAUCAACGAAAUGGCGAAUUAUGAAUACCAACAAUUUGAAGGAAAAAUUCGAAAUUAUCUUCUAUCGGUGGAGGUGAAUAUUCAGAAAAUAAAUAAGAAUCGAGAAUGUUCUGAAUUGAUUCCGCUCUCUGAUCUACCAGCAUUUUCUGAUCGAUUCAUGACAGAGUAUUGGAAAGAAAUCGAUAAGAAAUCGGAGCCAAUUGAAGAAUCAGAUGUUGAAUGUGGAAUUUGUUUUUUCGAAAUGAAAUCAGAAGAAGAGAAAUUGGAUUGUGCACAGUGUAAGAAGGUUCUUCAUUUGAAGUGUGCGACAAAAUGGCUGGCUGUCCACCGAUCUUGUCCGUAUUGUCGAGCGAAACUUCUGGAUCCUAUCGAAUUCCCGUCGCUCAACUAA